UUUACUUAUUAACUGUGUCAGGAGAGUUACAGUUGUCAAUCGCCGAAAUUCCAUUGACCGAAAGCUGUCGGAACUGUCCGAUGUUCUACGAGUCGUCAGUCCUGUAGGACUGCUGGAGGCGGCCACAGCGCCAUGUUGAACGAAGUCAUCCUACUCAGUGGAGAGAUACUCGUUAAAUAGCAGUUGUAAAAUCAAGUAUUAUUAAUUUAAUAAGGGUACGUCUUCACGAACGCACUGGCAAGCAGAGACGAACUGGAUCCUCGGAAACCCCGACCGGGGAGGGGGAACAGCCCCCAUCCUUCAGCAAUGAAGAUAAACCACAAUAAGCGCUAGCUAGCUAACGUUAGCUUGCUGCUCAAUAAGCUAGCUGGACUGUUAGCUAGCUGGCUAAAGCUUUCUGUCUAGCUAGCUAGCUAGCAAGCAUUUCUGCCACCGGCAACUUGCUUGGUCAAGGCCUGCUCUUGGCGCAACUUGCUGGCUAGCUAUAUUUUUAUGCGCGUUAUUUUUUAAGCUACUAGUUAUAAAUAGCUAGCUGUUUAUUAUUGUAAAUAUUUACCAUUUGAUUUUUGCAAUGAGUUUGCCGCCGAAAGCGGUGCCGAAGUCAGCCGCUGCCGCUGGACCUGGAACCGGGCCGUCACCCUCAAAUCAACUGCGGGCUACCCUGGCUACAGUACCGUUGCCGGGGCCCCAGCAGCCUCCUCCGGUACCACCAACGCAAGUUUUCCUUAAUGCGUUGCACCCCAGGAUCCCCCGAGUGCAGCCAACCCUGGACGAGCGAAUCUUCCCUACACAGCCUGGCGUCACUGCCGUCUACAGUGUACAGAGACCUGCUGGCCCCCCUUACACAGCGCACGAAAUCAACAAAGGACACCCCAGCCUAGCGGCCACACCGCCGGGCCAUGCGUCCUCCCCUGGCCUCUCUCAGGUAUCAGUUUCCACAGUAUCCACUGCGCAUCUGUAUGGCCACCCUAAAGGCUGGGAGGCAGGAGGAGGGUCUCCGUACACGGCGGGCCAGAAUGCUGGCACGACCCCUCUCGUCUACUCCCCGCCAACGCAACCAAUGAACGCCCAGCCGCAGAGCCGCCCGUUUGCCCCGGGGUCUCGUCCUGCCCACCACCAGGGAGGAUUCAGACCCAUUCAGUUUUUCCAGAGGCCUCAGAUGCAGACAGCCCGGCCUGCCAUUCCAAGUAACAGCCCUUCCAUUCGACCUGCGUCCCAGGCACCAGCCGCCACCGUCUACCCCCCCAGCCAGCCCAUCAUGAUGUCCAUGACGUCCAUGACGCCCAUGCCUUUCCCCUCACCCCAGACCGCCCAGUACUACAUACCCCAGUAUCGCCACAGUGGCCCUCCCUACGUGGGACCUCCCCAGCAGUACACCGUCCAGCCCACAGGACCCAGCACAUUCUACCCUGGGCCCUCUCCUGCAGACUUCCCUCCAGCAUAUGCGGCAGGGCCUUCAUACUAUCCUGGCCAGACCAUGUACACCCCAUCUCCAUCCAUAAUAGUGCCUACAGCUCAGCAGCCUCCACCGACUAAGAGGGAAAAGAAAACAAUCCGUAUCCGCGACCCUAACCAGGGUGGCAAGGAUAUCACAGAGGAGAUCAUGUCAGGCGUAGGCGGCAGCCGGAACCCAACCCCUCCAGUGGGACGUCCCUCCACUACCCCUACUCCUCCACAGUUUUUAUGUCCACACCCUCAUUAUCCUCACAUUUUCUACCUCAAAUCCCAGCAGCUGAACAGCCAGGUAGCAGAGCAUGGGCAUGUCAUGUAUAACGUGGACAGCGCUCAGGUCCUUCCUGCUUCCGUUGACUUGAAACCAGAUGACAAGCCAAAGCUUGAGUGUGCAAUGCUGAAGUCUUCAUCACCAGGGCUACGGCCAGUCGACCCUCCUGUGCAGAGGCGAGAGCCCGGCAGUCCUGCCCCUGCUCCUGCCCCUGCUCCUGCCCCUGCUCCUGCUCCUGCUCCUGCUCCUGUCCCUGUCUCUGCACCUGGACCUGGACCUGUCCCAGCUCCAGCUCCAGCUCCAGCUCCUGCCCCCACCCCAGACUCUUAUCCCCCUGAGAAAUCUGAGCUUCCUCCCUGUGGCCUAGAACCAGCCCCCAGUGUAGCCUCAGCUCCAGCCCCCAACCCCUCCAAGCCUUUGUCAGCAGCAGAGGGGACAGAGACCCCCGGCCCUUCACCAGAGCCUGAACCAGCCAUCUCUCCAGAGCCAGAGAAACUGGAGGUCCAGCAGGCCCCCUCAGAGCUGCUCAUCUCUCCAACCCAGGAGGUCAAAGCUGUCAACGGGCUGGCCGAAACAAAUCCCACUCCUCCCUGCGAUGAUCUGGGCUUCCAGCCCAGCCACACCCCCCAGCCGCAGCCUGCCCCCGGCCCUACCCGGCCACAGGCUCCCAUCUCAGAGCCCGGCCCCGCCAGCCCGGCCCUGGAGGCCCACUGUGCGGAGGCGAAGGCUGCACAUCCAGCAGCCGGAGAUGCGGUUGCCUCAGGCACGGCGACGCCCUCGUUGCCUUCCACCACUGCUGCUGAUAUUGGUACUGUGCUCACGCCUCCUCCAGGCCUCACUCUCCCAGGCCAGGCUGCCAGAGAGGCAGGCCUGGCCCGGGAAGCCUCCACUGGGCCAGAGCUGAAAGAGGCUGGGACGGAGCCAGAGGUCUUGCUGGAGGAUAAAGUGGAGCCCACCUUACAGCCCAAUCUUAGACAAAGCUUGAGUCAAGCAAUGACUAGUUUACCAAAGACGUGGAAGAAGCCAAAAGAAGACACUUCUGUGGGGCAGGUCCAGUGUCCUGACAGAGAGGAGAAGCUGGAGCUGGGUAUGGAGGCUUUCGUGGAGCGCACUAGCCCUCCUCCUUUUGGUGGGGAGAGACGGGCCUCUGCGGGGGUGCCACCAGAGGAGAACGGAGAGCAGGAGGCGGAGCCUUUGAGGAAUGGACCAGCGCAUAUCCCUGAGACGGAAAGCAGCGAUGGCGUACCCGCUACUGUCCUAAAAGAGCCCACCCCCAACGCAAUACAUAAGCCAGAGCUGAAGGAUGGGAAGAGGCAGUAUAAUAGAGACUUCCUGUUGGGAUUCCAGUUCAUGCCUGCCUGCGUGCAGAAGCCAGAGGGGCUUCCUCCAAUUUCCGAUGUGGUACUGGACAAGAUUAACCAAAACAAGCUGCCGCUGCGGCAGGUGGACCCUCGCAUCAUCUCCAGAGGCCCAGACUUCACCCCAGCAUUCGCAGACUUUGGCAGGGCAAUUCCUGGAGGCAGGGGUGCACCGCUGCUCAGUGUCGGCCCGAGACGGCCGCCUCCGCGCAAAAUUAUCACCAAUGUGUCCGUGAACGACGAGGUGCAGCUGAAGAAGGCCGAGAACGCCUGGAAACCUGGCCUGAAGAGGGAGAAUGUCACAGAGGACCCCGAGACCCAGAAAACUCAGGAGCUUUUCCGGAAGGUGCGCAGUAUCCUUAACAAACUGACACCGCAGAUGUUUAACCAGCUGAUGAAGCAGGUGAUGGACCUCACCAUCGACACAGAGGAACGCCUCAAAGGCGUCAUCGACCUGGUUUUCGAAAAAGCCAUCGAUGAGCCAAGCUUCUCUGUGGCCUAUGGCAAUAUGUGUAGCUGCCUGGCUAUGUUAAAAGUGCCCAUGGCAGACAAGCCCACCAGCACUGUGAACUUCCGAAAGCUGCUGCUGAACCGCUGUCAGAAAGAGUUUGAGAAGGACAAGGUGGACGAUGAUGUCUUUGAGAAGAAGCAGCGGGAGCUGGAAGCAGCUUCCUCGGCCAGCGAGCGGGAGAGGCUGGAGGAGGAACUGGAGGAGGCGAAGGACAAGGCCCGCAGGAGGUCCAUUGGCAACAUCAAGUUCAUCGGGGAGCUGUUCAAGCUGCGCAUGCUGACGGAGGCCAUCAUGCACGAUUGCGUGGUCAAGCUGCUCAAGAACCACGACGAGGAGAGCCUGGAGUGUCUGUGCCGCCUCCUCACCACCAUCGGAAAAGACCUGGACUUCGAGAAGGCCAAGCCACGAAUGGAUCAGUACUUCAACCAGAUGGAAAAGAUAGUGAAGGAGAGGAAGACUUCCUCACGCAUUCGGUUCAUGCUCCAGGACGUCAUCGACCUGCGACUGCAUAACUGGGUGUCGCGGCGAGCUGACCAGGGGCCCAAGACCAUUGAGCAGAUCCACAAGGAGGCCAAAAUCGAGGAGCAGGAGGAGCAGAGGAAGGUGCACCAGCAGCUGCUGUCCAAGGACAACAAGAGGAGAACAGUAGUGCAGAGAGAAGAGACCUGGAACACUGUGCCUGUGCCCAAGAACAGUAGGACAAUAGACCCCACCAAAAUCCCCAAAAUCUCCAAGCCAACGAUAGACGAUAAAAUCCAGCUUGGCCCGCGAGCGCAGAUGAACUGGAUGAAAGGCAGCAGUGGAGGAGCUGGAGCCAGAGCCAGCGAGUCAGACACCCUGCGGCCCAGUGCCAGCAGCCUGAACCGCUACUCAGCCCUGCAGCCCUCGGUCCCGGCAGCCGCCCCCACAUCCUCCGCAGGCCCAGACUUUGAGUCCAAGCGAGGCCUGAGCAGCCGUGGGAGCUCAGGACGGGAGCGCAAUGAUAAGCCACUGAGUUCGGCCCCUUCGCGGGCGGGGCCUCCCUCUGUGGGUGGGGCCAGUAAAGAGGCCCCCGAGGAGCCUCCUAAGGAGGAGGCGCACAAGGACACGCACGUCCCCCCCACACCAAAACUGCUGCCCAGCACAGCCAACAGGAGCAAACUGGAGCGCAGCCAAUCCAGGGAAUCUGUAAAACUUGAAGCAGCGUCAGGCCCUGCUACGGACAAGCCUGCACUAUCAGAGGAGGAGAUGGAGAAACGCUCCAAGUCCAUCAUCGAUGAGUUUUUGCACAUUAGCGAUUAUAAGGAGGCUAUGCAGUGUGUGGAGGAGCUGGAGCAGGCCUCAAUGCUUCACGUGUUUGUGCGGGUGGGUGUGGAGUCCACACUGGAGAGGAGCCAGAUAACACGCGACCACAUGGGCCAGCUGCUCUAUCAGCUGCUGCAGGCUGGAAGCCUCUCCAAACCUCAGUUCUUUAAAGGGUUCUCAGAAACCCUUGAGUUGGCAGAUGAUAUGGCCAUUGACAUUCCCCAUAUAUGGCUGUACUUAGCGGAGCUGGUUAGUCCUGUGCUCCGCGAAGGAGGAAUCUCUAUGAGAGAAUUAUUUAGUGAAUUUAGUAAACCAUUACUCCCUGUGGGAAGAGCUGGGAUAUUAUUUUCUGAAAUAUUGCACCUGCUAUGCAAACAUAUGAGCCAUAGGAAAGUGGGAGCCUUAUGGAGGGAUUCUGAGUUGAGUUGGGUUAAUUUCCUCCCAGACAUGGAGGAUGUGCCUCGCUUCAUCACUGAGCAGAAACUAGACUUCACUCUGUCUGAUUGCUCGAGUCCGGCAUGUGCGGUCUCUAAGAGAGCGCUCUCGCCUGAGGAGCUGAACAAGCAGCUGGAGAAGCUUCUCCUGGAGGACAUGGCUAGCGAUGAACAAAUCUUCGACUGGGUAGAGGCAAAUCUAGAUGAAUCCGAAAUGAGUUCAGCUCCCUUCCUCAGAGCUCUGAUGACUGCCGUAUGCAGAGCAGCAGUGAGAAGUAAGCCUGUUGGCCUGGUCUCUGAGAGCUCCUCCUCAAAAGUGGACACGGCCAUUAUCCAGAAGCGGUUGCCUGUCUUACACAAGUACCUUAACUCGGACACAGAGAGACAGUUGCAAGCACUUUAUGCACUUCAAGCAUUGAUAGUAAAACUGGACCAGCCCCCCAACUUGCUCCGGAUGUUCUUUGACUGUUUGUAUGACGAGGAUGUGAUCUCAGAGGAUGCCUUCUACAAGUGGGAGGCCAGCAAAGACCCCGCUGAGCAGCAAGGCAAGGGCGUGGCCCUCAAAUCCGUGACAGCUUUUUUCACUUGGCUGCGCGAGGCCGAGGAAGAGUCUGAGGACAAUUGACGAGAGGGAAAAUGGACACAUUUGCCAACGUGUGCUGAAAGACAAUAGUCGCUGAAACAAUAACUGCAUCUUCUAAAACGAAACAUAAUAAAAGCAAAAUCAUGGGAAGAGUUCACACUUCAAUGAGGGACAGCAACAGGAUGACUUAAAAUUGCUGGAGCACUAAAAUAAAUACCUGUAUUAUUUAUAGUAAUAUUUCAGUUAAGUUUUUAAUUUUUUUUAAGGAAAAGACUUUAAUAAUACAACUAUGUGCGACAAAGAAACAAAAGUUCAGACUCUAAUUUAUGUUUUUGUUUUUUCCUUUUUUAAGAACAGCAGACAAAACUAUAUUUAACAUUUGCAGAUGGUUAAAACAAGAGACAGUGGUGAAUAUAGAAAUAAUGUCAAUAAUGAUAUUAAUAUAAUGGUAAAAAAUCAUUAGAGCCUCCCUGACUUUCAGAUUGUUGGGUUUGGGACAGUAAAUUUUGAUGGGGAUAUCAACUCAGUCUGGGUUCUAGGCAGGAUUGACGUAGUUGUACGUCAGAUGUUUAAGGUUAUUAUUUCAAUAACCAUGUCACCUUUCCUUCUGCUUUAGCUUGCUCUAUGUGGAAACAUAUAAACCGGCAGAACUAUGCAUUCAGGAGACUGCUGAGAUUACAGUCACAACAAGAACCUUGAAUGGAAAUAAAAUGAGCAAAUGGCAACUAGUGCAAAACACUAAAGGGAUGUUGCUGAACCUAAAGUGCUUGUAAUUCUUCAUACUGAUAGAGCAAAUUUAAAGCUUGUAAAUAAAUUAAAAAAAAACAACAACAAUGAUACAUAAACACAAA